CCGCAUAACAGUAUGUAGUCCGUUACGUGAGCCUUGGUACCAAGACCAUCGCAUUGUCAAACCACGAUCCCUAAGCGUCCCUAUACCGUGUGACAAACCCAAACAACGAAGUGGAUAUGGCUCCCAACGUGCGAGUGGCAGCAUGCCAUGUAUCACCAAUAUUCCUCUCAGCAAUAGCGACAACCUACAAAGUAUUGAAAUUAAUUGAAGAGGCCGCACACUACAAAGCCAACGUAGUCAUCUUCCCCGAAACAUACAUCCCCGCAUUCCCAAUCUGGAGCGCUCUACGCCCACCAACCGACAAUCAUGAAUUCUUCAAAGACAUGGCCCUGGAAUCCAUCUACGCCGACGGGCCCGAGAUGAAAUCCAUCCGCAGAUUGGCCAAGCAGCUCAACAUCAUAGUCAGCAUAGGGUUCUCUGAAAAAGUCCGAUUCAGCAGCGCGACGCUGUACAAUUCCAACAUGAUCAUCAGCGGCAAUGGUGAUGUCCUCGUACACCAUAGAAAACUCAUGCCGACGUUCUUUGAGAAAUUGACCUGGUCGCCUGGAGAUGGACAUGGCCUCCGCACAGCCGACACGCCGUUUGGAAAGAUUGGAAACCUUAUAUGCGGAGAGAACACAAAUCCGCUUGCUCGCUACACUCUCAUGGCCCAGGGAGAACAACUCCACAUCUCAACCUGGCCUGCCAUCUGGCCGACUAGGACUUCCAAGCCUCAGACCGAAUCAGCAGCGGAAACAUCAGGAACAUCAACCGUUGCUCAGGGUGCGGAUUACGACAACGUAGCCGCGAAUCGUGUUCGCGCUGCAGCACACUGCUUCGAGGCUAAAUGCUUCGGCGUCAUGUGUGCUGGAAAGCUGGGCCAGGACGCUAUCGAUGCGAUAUCAUCAGAUGCCAGCCCCAUCGUUCUGCAGACAUUGGAACAAGCUCAGCAGGGCGCGACGAUGUUCCUUGACCCGACUGGUGCGCCACUGCGGGGAUUCAUAUUCGAGGACGGAACGGCUGUGCCGAAGGAUCUGCUACAGAACGAAGAAGGGAUCUUGUAUGCUGAUAUUGAUCUUGACGAUUGCAUCGAGGGGAAGCAGUACCAUGAUGUUGUUGGAGGGUAUCAACGAUUGGAUGUGUUUGAUCUUAAGGUGGAUCGUACUCGGCGGCAUCCCAUCAAUUUUGUAGAGAUUCAGGACUCGGCGUCAUCUCAGGCUCAUGAUAACGAGGAUACUAAGAUGUCAUUGUGAAAGAGCGAUCUUACUUGGCCGGAAUCAGAAUGGAGCAACUCCUCUCACGGCCAGUCUGUCAACACCAAUCUUGCAUCAGCAAUAACGAUAAAAUGAUAUAUCUGAUAAAUGAGAACCAAUUAAU